UGCAGAUUCGAUCAUUUCACACAUUUCACAACCAUCAACAGAUUUUUUGUAGCCGGGGCCAAUUGCGCUGCAUUUAAGGGCCAUGUCAGCCGACGCGGCGCAGGAGCUGGUGAAGAAAGCUGACCAAAAGCUGAAGGGUGGAGGUGGUUUGAUGGGCUACUUCACUGGAGGUCCCAAAUACGACGAGGCCAUCGAGAUCUAUCAGCAAGCGGCCAAUCAGUACAAGAUGGCGAAGAUGUGGCAGGAGGCAGGGAACUGCUUCGUGCAGUGCGCCUACUGCGCGGAGAAGUCCGGGUCACAGUCUGAUCAGGCGAACUACCUCUCGGAGGCCGGCAACGUGCUGAAGAAGGUCACCACAGGCACUGCCGUGGAGCAGUACGAGAAGGCGAUCAGCAUCUACAGCGCUGGAGGCCGCUUCCAGCAGGCAGGCAAGCUUUUGUUGUCCAUCGCUGAACUCUACGAGGCGGAGAGGUUGCAGCACAAGGAGUGCAAGGAAUUCUACAAGCGUGCCGCCGAAAUGUUUGAGCUGGCGGACCAUUCAGAAUCCAACUUCUCCAAGUGCAAUCUGAAGUUUGCGGAGUAUGCUGCCAAGGAUGGAGACCUGCAGGAGGCCAUCCGAAUCUUCGAAGCGGAAGGUGAAAAGGCCUUGGGGAAGACUCUGCUGCAAUUUGGUGCCAAGGAGCAUUUCCUGAACGCAGGGAUUCUUCACUUGGUAGGUGGUGACAGCGUCACGGUGAACCUGGCGUUAGACAAAUACAGGUCGCUGGAUCCACGCUUCGCCAGCUCCAGGGAAGGAGAGCUCUUGGGUGACCUGGCACAAGCCUUCGAAAGUGGCGACGUGGACGCCUUUGUGGAGAAGCUCUCGGACUUUGACGCCAUCAAGCCCUUGGACUCUUGGAAGACCGAAUUUUUGGUCAAGGUCAAAGAGCACUUGCAGCCUUCACACGCCAGCGCCACCGAUGCCAUUGACCUCUCAUGAGUUGGAGUAAUUUUUCGGACCAGACACUUGUGCAGAUUGAUCCGGAAAAAGUUGGUUUCACCAUCCGGAGAGGAAGGUCCUCUCAGGCAAA